CAACAGGUUGUUUGGUGAACUCUCACCGAACUGGGGAGAAUGCAGAAACUUGAUGAUGCUACAAUUCUACGGGAACAUGAUCACUGGUAGAAUUCCUCGCGAGAUUGGGCGGUUGGCGCGGCUACGAGUGCUUGGUCUUUCUUCAAAUCGUCUGGUAGGAGAGAUUCCAAAGGAAUUGGGGAGGUUGACUUCAUUGUUCAACUUGAAUUUAAGUGAUAACCAGCUUUCGAAUAGGGUUCCUCAGGAAAUUGGGAGACUGUCCAAUUUGGAGAGUCUGGACCUAUCAAUGAACAACCUAGCUGGUCCAAUACCACCUCAGUUGGGGAACUGCUUCAAACUACGAUAUCUGAAAUUGAGUGAAAAUUAUUUGAAUGGAAGCAUUCCAUUUCAGAUAGGCAACCUGAUACACCUACAGGGUGCACUAGACCUUAGUCAUAAUUCACUCAAUGGAGAGAUAUCAUCACAAAUUGGGAACUUGCAUAUGCUGGAAAUGUUAAACCUCUCCCACAACAUGUUUUCUGGCUCAAUUCCAAAAUCUUUUGAAGGGAUGCUCAGCUUACAAUCCGUAGAUUUUUCAUACAAUGAUUUGGAAGGCCCUAUUCCCAACAGCAAAGCCUUUCAGAAGGCUCUUGUAGAGGCAUUCAUAAAAAACAAAGGCUUAUGUGGUGAAGUGCAAGGUUUGAGACCUUGCAAUGCUCCUUCAACAAGCCAUGGUGAUGCAAGAAAAGGUCACCAAGUUGUAAUCUUCAUUGUUCUUCCUCUCUUGGCGGCCUUGUUACUUUUAUAUAUAGUCGUCGGCGUUUCUUCCAUUUAUUACCAAAGACGAAGAAAUAAAGAGAAAGAGGUUCUCGAAAGGAGCAACAGAAAUCCAUUUUCAAUAUGGAAUUAUGAUGGGAUUGAUGCAUUUGAACAGAUCGUGGAAGCGACAGAGAGUUUCGACGACAAAUAUUGCAUCGGAAUUGGAGGGUAUGGAAAAGUUUAUAAAGCAAAUCUACCAUCAGGCCAAGUAGUAGCUGUGAAGAAACUUCACCCACUCGAAGGUGGGGAUCAAUCUGAUCAAAGAAGUUUUAGAAAUGAGAUUCGAGCAUUAACAGAAAUCCGUCAUCGCAACAUUGUGAAGCUUUAUGGUUUUUGUUCUCAUGCUCAAUUCUCAUUUCUAGUCUAUGAGUACAUGGAAAGGGGAAGCUUGGCUAGCAUCCUACGCAAUGACAGAGGAGCUGCAGAGUUGGAUUGGACUCUAAGGGUGAAUAUUAUUAAAGGUGUGGCCCAUGCAUUAUCUUACAUGCACCGUGAUUGCACCCAGCCAAUUGUCCAUCGAGACCUAUCAAGCAAAAACGUUCUGCUGAAUUCGGAAUUUGAGGCCUGUGUCUCUGACUUCGGCACUGCAAGAUUGUUGAUACCUGAUUCAUCCAAUUGGACUACGCUCGCAGGCACUUACGGAUACAUCGCUCCAGAGCUUGCAUUUACAAUGAGGGUGACUGAAAAAUGCGACGUAUAUAGCUUUGGUGUUGUGGCACUUGAAGUGAUGAUGGGAAGGCAUCCUGGGGAGCUCAUCUCUUUGUCAUCACCAAGUGGACAUGAUACACUGCUAAAGGAUUUGUUGGACCAACGUCUCUCGGAUCCAACGACUGAGAUUGUGCAGGAAGUCUUAUUUGUGGUGUCCAUGGCACUUUCAUGCAUUCGGCCAGAUCCAAACUCUCGGCCAACCAUGCACUACGUGGCUCAAGAGAUAUCUAUUGGUCGGCCUUCCUUCUCUCUUGGACCAUUCCAUGGACUUACAUUACGUCAACUGAUGGAUCUCAAGGUAUAGUAGGGUGGAUGAAAAUCAUUGAGGUUGGGGGUGUGGUGUGUAGUGGCAAGGACAUUAUUAUUAUGUGUGUUUAUUGUAUGAAAAUCAUCCAAUGUAGAGAAGGUGUUUUUCUUAUUAUGAUAUGCAUGUAAUUCAAUGUGUGGAAUCCAUGUUUACGGAAAAUUUAGAUUUCCAGGUGAGGUCUAUAUCUUUCUUUGUGGUUACCACCCUGAAUGUUUGUAUAUAAUUUUUAUUAUAUCAAUAAAGUUAUAGAUGGUGUUCUCCAA